AUGUACAACAGCUGGGUGGGUAAGGACAAACCCAAAGGCUCGGACACCCACGAGAAUGUCACCCUCUCAGCUCUUGCCAGUCGACGAAGCGGCGCACAAACACCAACAACCCCGGACACCCCUCCUGCCAGCCAGCCGUCUAUAACGAUGGAUGAAUUUGCGGAGGAGCACUACUCAAAGGACCACCAAUGGCAGGCGCAAAGCAGCCUGUCUGUGCAGGAGCCCUUGAACCUACCGGCAAACGUAACUAUCCACACGCACAUAAAGAUGGACUAUAAGACCUCGGACCUGACUAUCAAAGUCAUCCGAGUCGACAACGCACCAAGUGAGGCGCAGGCCGGCUCGCAAAGCUAUCAGGUUAGAAUAGCCCUGCUUGGAUUGAAAAAGAAGAAACGCUGGCACACACACAUUGUUUCUGCUCCCAAUCCAGUCUUCAAUGAGGAGGCGGUGUUCAAAGCAAUAACACCAGAUGAGCUAGCGAAGAUGGCACUAAGACUACGGUUGUAUGGCUGUAAAAAAAUGCGACGUCACUUCAUCUUCGCCGAGUCGACAGUCGCCUUAACUGCGCUGAACCUCCGUGGUGGCGAGGCCGACAUUCCGUUCGCUCUCGCCAUCAAGGUUGGACACGAAAGCGUCGUAGACUCGGACAGCGACAGUGGUGAUAACUUGAGCCGCUUACAGGCCAGUCGAUUGGGUUCACGACUGUCGAUGGGUAGUCGGGCUAGCCGACACUCAUUAUCACGUCACUCCACCUCGCGCAGCCUCCGACCACCCUCGGCGGCCACAGCGACUAGCGGCCUGCCGGAGUUAGACACCGCACGUCGAGUAGCUGAGGCCAAAGAGGCCACGUGGCCCGAGCUGCUCUGUGGCCUUGCCUACAAUGUCACCACCAAGCGCCUCAACAUCCACGUCCUCCGCGCCAACCGACUGAAGGUAACCGAGAGCUCACUUAGGACACCCAAGGUUUAUGUGUCGUUGACUCUGGUCUCGGGGACCGGUGAGAAGAUAGCCAGCAGUCACACACACGAGGUCCGCCUGGUCUGCAACACGGAGUUCGGUGAGCGCUUCGCCUUCGACAUGAAUGCGCUGAACCCACGCGAGGUUACUCUCUUCGUGCGCGUCUUCCAGAAACAUCAUGUUCACAAGAGCGAGAAUCUGGGCUGGUUCGCUAUCGGCGCCAAAAACAACGGCGAGGAAGAACGUAGUCAUUGGAAUGAGAUGUUGCAGGCCCAGGGACAAGAGAUCACCCGAUGGCACGUGCUUAAUGAGAAUGUUACUUAA